AUGUCACUUUGCAAGGAUUGCAUUACCGGUGUUACGCACGAGGGCGAGCCUGUGGGUAAAAUUGAAGAGAUAAAUGGCAUCAAAACCUAUGUAUCCCUUCCUCCCGCCGGAAAGGAAUAUGACAAGACGAAGGCAAUUCUUUUCUUGACUGACGGGUUCGGCCUCGAACUUGUCAAUAACAAGGUCGAUGACUUUGCAAAGAACGGUUUCCAGACUUACAUGCCUGACCUCUUUAAUGGGGACCCAGUUGUUACGAUCGAAAAUUUUGACUUUGCAACAUGGAUUGCGAAACACGGACGCGAACAAACAAGACCGAUUAUUGACGAUCUUGUUACUGCACUCAAGGAGCGUGGAAUAAAGAACUUCGCGGCUACCGGUUAUUGCUUUGGAGGACGCUAUACGUUUGAUCUCGCUUUUGACCAUGUCAUCAAAGCUGCCGCCGUUUCCCACCCGUCACUCCUUCAAGUACCCGAGGACCUAGAGAAAUUUAAGAUAUCUAGUGUUCCAUUACUUAUCAAUUCCUGCGAAGUUGACUCACAGUAUCCCCCUGAGAGUCAAAAACUCGGUGACGAUAUUCUUGGUGAUGGAAAUACCGAGACAGAGAAAUACAAGCGUGCUUAUUUCCCGGGCUGCGUUCAUGGAUUUGCUGUUCGUGGCGACCUUAGCAAACCGGAAGUCAAGGCGGGUAAAGAACAGUCGUUCGUGAACACUGUUGAUUGGUUCAAGAAGCACCUGUGA